GGUAACUGUUCUCCCGCAGUACCCAACCAAGUUCGGUCGCUAUGCUGCGGUUGGGUUAAUUACGUCAUACAGGACCAGCGUUCCUCAACGUAUUCAAUUCCAGUCAUAGCUGGGGAAGGCACGCCCCUCUCUGGUGACAACGAACCUUCACAAAUAAGCAGGUGCUUUUCAACACAAACAAGGGACGGUCACGUGCACUGGCGACCAAGCGCCAGCGCGUGCCUCGGUCUAUGUCGGUGGCAGUCUUCGCGCGCCGCCGCCGAGGUGCAGGAGUUGCUACAUGGUUUCGCUUCGCCACAUAUCCGUCGCCUUCACCGCCGCGGUGACUGCCGUCGGAGCCGCUUUGUUCGUGGCCUUGAAUUUGAUCUACAAGAGGCGAGUAUGGCCACCGGAAGACUAUUACGUGUUCAAAGAGGAGGAGGAAGAGCGCAGGGAGAGGCAGGUACUCGUCCUUGGUUUGGACGGGGCUGGGAAGAGCAGUGUUCUGCAAGGGCUGAGUGGAGGGGCAGGCAAGAGACACUGCAGACCCACACGGGGUUUCAACUUCAUUCGUCUCCACACACCGGCCUGCCAACUGGACUUCUUAGAAAUUGGAGGCGGUGAGGAGUUGCGCGCGUACUGGCCAGAGUUCCUGAGGAAGACCCACAUAUUGGUGUAUGUGGUGGACUCUUCAGACCGAAGCCGCCUACCACAGGCUAAGGACGAGCUCCACCGUUUGCUAAGGGUUGACACCCAACUGCCCGUGGUAGUCCUGGGAAACAAACAGUCUGCUUGCGGCACCUUGGCUGCUCAUUCCCCUUGGACGGAGCCGCUCCUUUUCAGGACAAGCCGAAUGCGGCCAACGUGCAUGAACUGCGUGACGCGCUCUCCCUGGGCUCACUGGCAGAGCAGAGGAGGCUCCACCUCCUCAUGCUCCAGCUGGGCUCGACAGGGACCAUCAGUUCCCACAGCAUCCAGAACCUGCAAGAUGUGCUGUUAAAGCUGCUGUGAGGUCAGAAUACAAGCAAGAUCAUGUAAGGAUUUGGAAAAGGAUCUUUAUCUAAGAGGAAUUAUGAUGAAGCUAAGACUCUGCAAGAGUGAACUCAGUAAGAGAAAAGCACAAUACUACUGAAAGGCUUGUUGGUGUACCGAGCUUCGUUGCUCAGCAACAUUUCAAGGUUGAUAAAGGUAGCAAACGCAGCACCACUUACUAUAUAUAGUGGCUUAUCAUAAACUGUUAAUAAUUAAUGCAGCUGAAUAGCGCUGCCAUUUUCCAUUUUCACUUGGGUUCUUGAGUUUCUCCAAGUUUCGUUACCUGUGAUAAGGUAUAUAAGAUAUAUACUUUAGUGGCCAAAAUGAGUGUUGUGAGUUUUUAGAAUGGCCUAUUGAUUGCAUCACCCAAUCACGUUUGCAUGUUUUGUACAUAUUAUUGCAGUUCUGUCUUUGAAUGUUUAAAUAUGUCUCAAGCAUGCUUUAGCCAUUAAGCCAUAGUCAACAGUUGAUCAAAUAACUUUCAAAAACCUACGUGCUGUAGGUUUCAACUAUGGGGUGUUUAGCACAAUUGUACUGUUAUUUAUUGUUACACAAUAAUUAUUUCAUGUGGACAGACCAUCUAACCUAUAGGAAUAUAGAAUUGACAAUUACUUUAUAAACACAGCUAACCACCAAUAAGCAGUUUAGCCAAUUUAAGCUUAUUAUUAAAGCAGGACAGAUGCCAGUUGAGUACAUGUACCCUUUCCUAGACACCUGGGUAAGAUUUUUUCAUCUCUAUAGUCUUAGCUGUGUAGUAUUUAAACAAUUAUGCUGAUAUCAAAAAACAUAAACAGUGAUCAGUAUCAGGUUUUCUCAGUUUGGGUUACAAGGAUGCAGAAGUCAGAAUAUUUUGCAAAUGGCAGCAACAGAAAAUUAUCUUUUCUCAUGCCUGAAACAGCUUGCCUGGGGGCACUGAGUGGGAAGACUACUGGGAUGAAAUUCAGUCAUGGGUGCAAUACCAGAGACAAACAAGAAUCAAACAAGUAUUGCGCAGGCAUGAAUCAUGACCUACUCUGCCAGUGCUUAGCAGCAAGACACAUCUUUUAACUUCUGCAAUUUAAACUACACUGAAGCACUUAUUUUAAAAGGGGUCUAGCAAAAAAAAAAAAAAAACAAAAAAAAAAAAACCCUUAGUUGAAAUGCUAUAAGAUGUAUUUUGAAAUAUUGUUUCACAGUGAAAAAUAGCAGUAACCAAACUAAGAUAUUUAAACUUCAAAUGACUUAUUAAUGUUAAAUGUAAAUAUACUCAUUUGCCUUGGAGCUAGAUGGGGAAAUGCUUUUACCAAUUACAUUUGUAUCAAAUGAUAUUCUAGGGUGCCUGCUGCUUCUGAAAGGGAUAAAGAACUUACAAUGGAAUCCUAGUUAUCCAAGUUUCAAGACUAUGUGGGCCUAAUCCAGUUGGAUCAGUCUCAUCAAAACUACAUAAUAUAGCAAUGCUGUCUUAAGACCCAUGACCCACUAUGAAUUUAGUCUACAUCAUUGCAGUUGAGUUCUGGUCCACCACAUUGUAAUAUAAGCAAAGUCUGGUAUAAUACAAGUGUGCACAUUUAUGGUGAAGUAUAAUACAAUAUUCAGUAGGUCUUUGGCCACAGUAUGUUUGUUGAAACACGUGUGUGGAAAAGUUAUAUAAAUUCUGGUUGAAAA